AUGUCAUCGAUUAUCCUUUUUUCUCUACUGUUCUUCAUUUGUUGUCCUCCUUGCUUUUCACUACCAAAAGGGCCCUCCGAUCCUAAUUCCCUCUACAAAUCCUUUCUCGAAUGCCUUCCAACAUCAUCCCCUCAACCUGACACCACAUUCUCUUCCGUCGUUUACAGCUCCGCCACUAACUCCUCCGCCUAUACCAAAGUUCUAUUAGAACACAUCAAAAACUUCCGUUACAAUACCACCUCCAUACCCAAGCCUGCCAUCAUUAUCACUCCAAAAAAAGAAAAUCACGUGCAAGCUGCCGUCAUCUGCGCCAAAAAACUCAAUAUCCAGAUUAGGAUUCGCAGCGGAGGACAUGAUUACGAAGGAGUCUCCUACACCUCGUCUGAAAAAACUCAGUUCAUGAUAAUUGACAUGUUUAACCUCCGUGCAAUUGAUAUUAAUGUCGGCACCGAAACUGCGGUUGUCCAAGCCGGAGCUCAUUUGGAUGAGUUGUAUUAUCGGAUUUGGGAAAAGAGUAAGGUGCAUGGGUUCCCGGCCGGAGCAUGUCCGACACUCGGUAUUGGUGGACAUAUUAGCGGCGGUGGUUAUGGCACCAUGAUUCGAAAAUACGGGUUGACAAUUGAUCACGUGAUUGAUGCCAAGAUCGUCGAUGUUAAAGGCCGGGUUUUGGAUCGGAAAGCAAUGGGUGAGGAUCUUUUUUGGGCCAUACGCGGCGCCGGUGGCUCUAGUUUUGGUGUCGUAUUAUCCUUCACCGUGAAACUAGUUCCGGUGCCAAAAGUUAAUACUGUUUUUAGGGUAACCAAAACAGCGGAAGCAAAAGCGGUAGACAUCGUUUUUAAAUGGCAGUCGGUUAUGUCUACAAUCGACAAAGAUUUGUUUAUUAGAGUUUUACUACAGCCUACGCAGGAGAAAAACAAGAAAACAGCCCAGGCUACAUUUAUGGCCCUUUUCUUGGGUGAUUCCACUAGGUUGAUGGGUUUAAUGAGUAAAAGCUUCCCGGAACUAGGAUUGAAGAAAGAAGAUUGCUUUGAAGUAAGUUGGAUUCAGUCCAAUCUUUUUUGGUCAAACUUCGAUUACAACAAGACAAAGCUAGAUAUCCUCCUCGAUCGACACACUGAUGUUGUUAAGUUUUUGAAACGAAAGUCUGAUUAUGUACAAACCCCUAUACCAACGCAAGCAUUAACGUCCAUAUUCAACAAGUUGGGUGAACUUGGUAAAAUUGGUAUGGUUUUCAACCCGUAUGGCGGGAGAAUGAAUGAAAUUCCGGCAGACGCAACUCCAUUUCCUCACCGUGCCGGAAACCUGUUCAAGGUGCAGUAUUCAUUGAGUUGGAAGGAGAGUGAUGCGAAAGUAACCGAAAACAACAUGAAUCAGAGCAGGGUUAUGUAUGAAUUCAUGACUAACUAUGUAGCGAAGAAUCCAAGAAGCGCGUUCUUGAAUUACAGAGAUUUAGAUAUUGGUGUGAACAAAGGCGAUGGGUUUAACUCCAGCAAGGUUUACGGGGGGAAAUAUUAUCAAAAAGAAUUUUGA